UGUACCCAGCCCUUGCAAGAAUGACAGCCUCCCGGGGAACUAGGCAGCGAACACCUCUAUGGCGUGGUUGGUGGCCCAGGUGGAGGCCAAGGCCUUCUCACCGCACCCCUCAGAAAGCUCCUUAAAGGGGACGCAAGGCCUGCUCAGGUGCGAUAGUCGUCAAUAGCGUCACCUUUGCAAAAGACCCGGACUGCCGUGCAUGGGUAGAGAGAGACAGAGGAACCGCAUGAAGAAAGUAUUAGUUGCUGUUGGAACCAUAGCUGAAAAGAAUGUGCAGAAAUUAAAAAUAAGUAUACAGCAUGAUGAUUUGAAGUUUGUGUGUCGAAAUCACUGACAGUUACACCAGCUAUAUGGAACAAGAAAAUGACACCCAAUUUUCAGACUUUAUUCUUCUUGGACUGUCAGAAGAGGCAGCAAUGCAGCCUCUCCUCUUUUGGCUUUUCCUCUCCAUGUACCUGAUCACUUUGGCGGGAAACCUUCUCAUCAUUCUGACCACCAUCGCUGCCUCCCACCUCCACACGCCCAUGUACUUCUUCCUGUCCAGCCUGUCUUUCUCAGACAUCUGUUUCAUCUCCACCACCGUCCCAAAGAUGCUGCUGAACCUCCACAUCCAGGACAAAAGCAUCACCUACAAAGGCUGCCUCAGCCAGAUGUAUUUUUUCAUCCUCUUUGCAGAAAUGGACAUUUUCCUUCUCUCUGUGAUGGCCUAUGACCGGUUUGUAGCCAUCUGCCACCCCCUGCGCUAUGCAACCAUCAUGAAGCCCCAGCUCUGUGGCUUGCUGCUGCUGGCAUCUUGGAUAAUGAGUCUCCUAGACUCCUUGCUCCGUGGGUUACUGGUGUUGCGGCUGUCCUUUUGUACUGACUUGGAGAUUCCUCAUUACUUCUGUGAAAUCAAUCAGGUGAUCCAACUGGCCUGUUCUGACGCGCUCCUCAACGUCAUAGAGAUGUACGUUGCCACUGUGCUGAUGGGCGUUAUCCCGCUCUCAGGCAUUGCUGUUUCCUAUUCUCGGAUUGUCUCCUCCAUACUGAGAAUUACAUCAGCCAGGGGGAGGUAUAAGGCAUUUUCCACCUGCGGGUCUCAUCUUUCAGUGGUUUGCAUGUUCUACGGCACGGGUCUUGGGGUGUACCUCAGUUCUGCCACGACCCCCAAUUCCAGAGCCAGGGCGUUCGCCUCUGUCAUGUACACUGUGGUCACUCCAAUGCUGAAUCCGUUUAUUUACUCUCUGAGGAACAAGGACAUGAAGGGGGCUCUUACAAGUCUUGUCAGCACUGUCACUUUCAGUGAGCGAAGUGAAUGUUUCUCUUGGGGCCGGAGAAGUUCUCAUGGGUAGCCGAGAACAAGAUUGGCAUCUGGAAAAGGUGACAUUUCGGCUGUCUUCAGAUAUCUUUUUUUUUUCUUUUUCUUUAUCCCUAUGUCCCUUAAAUCAAUGAUACCAUGUUUUGUGUAUUUUCUAAUGCCGCAUUUUUGUUUUUGUUUUGUUUUUUAGGGCUGCACCUGCGGCACAUGGAUGUUCCCAGGCUAAGGGUUGAAUCGGAACUGUAGCCGCUGGCCUCCACC